AUGGAAGUUUCUUCAACUACUAAAGAGGCCAGCAAAGUCCUUCAAGGUGUAUGUGCCUAUGUAGAAGUCCGUUCCAAAUGUGAAAAUCGAAGCAAAGUAAUUGCAGAGGAAUUACGGAAACUUGGAGCCGACAUCAAUGAAAAGUUGAAUGUUAAUGUCACUCAUGUUGUCUUUAAAGACGGCACUAACCGAACAUGGGAACGAGCCAAGAAACUUAACAUUCCUUUGGUUUCUGUUCUUUGGGUGGAUAGUUGUAAAAAAACAUUGGAGCAUGUCAAUGAAAGUGUGUUUUGUGCUGAAUUUCCAAAUAAAGAUCAGGAAGAAAAGCUAAAAUUGUUUCCUGUUAAAAGAACGAAAUUUCGAUCAAUGCAACCCAAAAAUUUAACUGAAGAGUUUGAGGAGAGCUCCCAGAGAUGUCAACGAAGAAGAAAACGAAAAGACAAGAAUAAAAUUCUGCAGAAUUCUUACUCCAGUGAACCUGCACUGUCACCUAUAACUCCCUGCUCCUUUGAUAUGAUGCCUCACAUUACAACUCCUCCAAGUAUGAAGGCAAAAUUGCUUGAGCUAAGCAAAUUUAAGGAUAAAGAUUCUAGCUCUGCUGAAGAAGAUACAGAUGACAUUAAGAGAAAUCUGUUUAAUAAUGCAGAUAAUACAAGUCCCUAUACCUUUCAAACACCAUUGUCACAUUCAAGCUCCACAUCUCCAAUCUCUUGCCAGAGAAAUUUUUCUGAUAUCCUUUCUAAACUGAUAACUUGUCACAAAAAUUUAAAAGAAAAUGGCGCCUCGUUUUCCAGCACCUCAGCAGACAAGGAUAAUGUCUGCACACAAAGUAGUGUUGAAGAGAGACUGCAACAAGAGCUAGAUUGUUUGAAAACGGAUGGCAUUACUUUUGAUAAUAUGUUUCAGAGCAAUUCUCGCUCUCAGGCAUUUCCUGCAGAACUAACAUCGGUGUUGUUGGCUCCAGUUUCAGAGAAUCUUUCAAUUAUUAAAGAAAAGAAGAAUCUUCCUACCUUUCAGAAGCCCAUCAAGAAAUAUUUAGUGAUGACCAGCAUGAGUUCAAGUGAACAAGAAAUGGUAAAGUCUGUCACAAAAGCUUUAGGUGGUUGUGUUAUAAGUGACAAUGUACGUAAGUCAACAACUCAUGUAAUCUGCGGCAAUGCAAGACGAACAUUAAACCUUUUGUAUGGUCUGAUACAAGGAUGUUGGCUGGUCUCCAAACAGUGGGUUUUUAAAUCUAUGGAAGCUGGUAAAUGGAUAGAUGAGCGAAAGUUUGAGAUGACUGAUGAUUAUCCAGCUGCUAAGGUUUAUCGGCAGAAUAAGCAAAGAAAUCGCAGCUUACCAAUUUUCAAAUCCUGUGGUCCUAUGUUUAUCUCCACAUCAUCAGCCCCGCCCAGGAAGGAUCUUGUGCAUUUCGUUCAGUUUUGUGGUGGACAGGUGAAGAACACCAUGUGUAGUGCCAAUUUUUAUGUGGGUGAUGAGUUUAAUCCAUCUAUGUUAAGUGUUAGCCCUCAGUGGAUAUUAGACUCCAUCACCCACCAAAAGGCUUGUCCUUUAGAAAGCUACCAACUGGGACAGCCCAAACCGCCAAGUCCAGAAUACUAA